AUGGUAUCAGAGCAAAAUGAUCAUGGGUGUGAGAGUCACUUCUCAUUCGUCGUUGUCGGCAAUUCCUUGUUCACCGUAGUCGGAUCUGCAGCCUCGUUCGUCGUCAUCAGAUCUGAAGCUUGUUCGUCAUCGUCUCUGCUUUCUUCGUUGUCGCCGGCAGCUCCUCUUUGGUUGUCAGCGAGCUCGCCGACAUUUGCCGUCUCGAUUUGCAAAUUCGCCUCCGCCGCGUUGUACACCGGUGUUUGUGAAGGUGUGAAGAAGAAGACCCUUGUUUGGCUACACGGCAGAGGUCUUGGCAAUCAUCUGACUAAAGAUAAACCCAAGGAAACUGAUACUUCUUUUGAUGCAUGGGAAAAGGAAGAUGCUCAGAUCAUCUCUCUGUUGUUAAACAGUAAUAUUACUCGUGUUUAUGAGCUCUGUAAGCAGUACUUCCAUCUUGAACAAGGUAAUCAUAGUAUAGAGGCGUAUUAUUCCACUGUUAUGGGAGUUUGUGAGGAGUUGAAUAUGUAUCAGCCCAUUACUGCUGAUGUUCGAGGUAUGCAACAACAACGUGAGGACUUUAAUGUUGUUCGUUUUCUCACUGGUCUGUUAUCAACAUAUGAGCCUUUUCGUGCACAGAUUAUGGGCAGUCCCACCCUUCCCUCUCUUGCUGAGGUGUUCUCUCGACUUCAACGCGCUACACUUGCCAGUGACAACUCAAAUUUGAAUUCUGGGCAGAGUGGUGAGAGUUCAGCUUGGGUAGUUUCAAAGGGUGAACAUAAUGCUUACCGUGGAGGUCGUGGGGGACGCUCCACCCAUGGUGGUCGUGAUUCAUGGGGAGGAUGUGGCCGUGGCAGGGAAUCACGAAAAUGUACUCAUUGUGGCCUUUCUAAUCAUACUGUGAACUUUUGUUGGGACCUUCAUGACAAACCAUCUGGUUAUGCCAAUCAAGUUUCCUCCUCUACGAAUGAUGUUGCUUCUCGAUCUCACAACGUAUCUGAAUCAGAAACAGUCCCUGUUCCACGGGAUGAGUAUAAUCAGUUUUUAUCUUAUAAGCAAGCAUCUAAUUUAUCUUCCACGGCUACCUUUUCCCAGUCAGGUAAUGCGCACACGUGUCUAUUGUCUUCCAUUCGCAGUCCUUGGAUUGACACUGGAGCAUCCGAUCAUAUGACUGGAUGUUCUUCUCGUCUAUCUGAUUUUAAUUCUGUACCUUCUUCUGAAAGUGUUACUUUUGCUAAUGGUUCAUCCACUCAGGAUCUCAAGACGAAGAAGAAGAUUGGUACGGGGCAUGAAGCUGGUGGCUUAUAUUAUUUUGAUUUGGAACCUUAUCCUAUGGCUCUUCAGUCUUCUCUGUCUCCAUUCCAGCGGCAUUAUCGUCUUAGUCACCUGUCACUUCAAGUUUUGAAGCGUCAAGUUCCUAGUCUUAGUCAUUUGAAAUUCUUAUCAUGUGAAGUUUGUCAACUUAAACGUAAGAAUCGACCUCUCUUAGAAGUAACCCGUGCUCUUUUGUUUCAUAUGCGUAUGCCUAAACGAUUUUGGGGUGGUGCUGUUCUUACUGCCUGUCAUCUUAUUAACCGUAUGCCGUCAUCUGUAUUAGAUGGCAAAUCUCCAUAUUCUAUCUUAUUUCCUGAUUCUCCCUUGUUUUCUCUUCCUCUUAGAGUUUUUGGAUGUGUAUGUUAUGUCCACAAUCUUGGUCCUGGUUUUGAUAAACUAGACCCACGUGCCACAAACUGUGUCUCUCUUGGCUACUCUCGUUCUUAUAAAGGUUAUUGCUGCUAUGGUCCUGUUUCUCAACGGUACUUUAUUAGCGCGGAUGUAACUUUUUGUGAGUCCAUCCCAUAUUUUUCAGAUAAUGAUUCACUUCUUGAUAUCACUCCCGAGUCGCCUCUUCCUGCGGUUCCUCUUCCCUCACUUUCUCUUCAACCCAGCUCUCCUUCACCUGCCCUGUUUCAGGUGUACAAAAGAAGACCAAAGCCAUCUGCUGUCGUGCCUCCUUCAUCAUCUUCAGAGUCUUUGGAUCCGACAAAUUCCACUGUGUCUGAUUCCUUGCCGAUUGCACUUCGUAAAGCUCCUUGCUCGUGUGUUACUAAUCAUCCCAUUGCUCAUUAUGUCUCUUAUAAUUCCUUGUCGCCAUUAUUCUCAUGUUUUUCCUCUAAGUUAUCUAUUACAUUUGUUCCUAAGACUGUACAUGAUGCUUUGUUUGAUUUGGGUUGGAGGAAAGCCAUACAAGAUGAAAUGGAUGCUUUGCAUAAGAAUGGCACAUGGACUCUUGUUCCAUUACCUCCAGGUGCCAAACCUGUUGGUUGUCGCUAG